CGUUCAUCUUCAGUGUCAUCCUCGACUGUAGUAGUUGGAUGGACGUCGUCAGGUGUGAUCUCUGCAGAGGUGAUGGGGUCAACGAAGGGAUCACAAUCGUUUGGAGGAGCUUCAUCAGCACUGUCUUCAAUCAAACCCUCCCAUCCUUCAACAACGCCUUCGCGAGAGCUCGCAAGGCUGGUGAAGGACCGUCGUGAGGACGGCCUAUCGAUGCCUUCACGAUCGCUGUAAUUGUCAAAAUCUAUGACUGAAUCGUUGUCUGAUGCACGGCUACUGGGUAUAUCAAGCCAGUCAGAGUCAGAUAAGGUCUCAAGCUCGGAAAUGCUUGAAGGGUGGGAUUCAUGGGCCACCAUGUUCACAAUGAUGAGAGUUGUGGUCAAAAGGAGGCGAGCGCACUAUUUAAGGGUGACUCGCUUCCCCUCCACGUGUGCGUACAACCCGUCAUUUGCAGCCGCAUCUUAUCUUAUCCUCCUUUGGCCUCGACGCAAGCCUCGACUACCACAAGCAGUUUCUCCGACGAGCAGCGUUGUUUCGUCUUAUACAGAGGGUCUACGAGAGCACAUGCGCAUUGCUGACCUCCCGGAGGAUAUCUUACUGAAUAUCGCACAGUUCUUGUCAGUGCAGGAUAUCCUUGCCCUCAAGCAGACUUGUCGUGUCCUACACGCCUUUGGCAGCACAGAUUACUUGUGGCAUAGGCUGAUAGAGCGAUUCGACUUGCCGAUAGGCAUUCCAUCCGAUGUCCCGAUUCAUGCUCUGUCAUCAGAUGAACUGCAGCGUCAGACAAUCAAAGCUAUCAAGUUAGAACUCAAUUGGAGACGGGCCGUGCCUAGUAUCAAGCAAUCAAGAAUGAUACUAGGCCCAAACCGCGAACCAUUCGCGCAUAUGGAGCUUCUCCGAGAGGGCAAUUGGUUGUUGACUGCGCAGCGAUACCAUCGUUUGUUGAUGACUCGGUUUACCACCCGCAUGUCCGUAUGGUCAUUAAAAGACGUACAUCAACCAUAUCGAGUCUUUAGCGUGGAGAUAUCGGGAACUUAUCGCAGUUCUACGAUGGCCCUACAUCAUAGCAGCUCCUUUGCAACGCUUAUAGUCGCUUUCAAUGAGGAAGAUCAAGAGUUACAGGAGAUCCAUACUUUUCCCCUUCGAGGGGACUCCUAUUCCAAAGCGGUCACGUCCCCUUCCGUUCUUAAACGGUUGAAACUACCGCCGUAUACUGUGCCUGGCUAUCGAGUUAUCCAGGACGUCGUAUUAGCAGAUGGAAUCAUUGCUACGACAGUAGCCAUAUUCGGUGAUCAGGGCGGGGUGUCUUUUCAUAUUCUCCUUGCGAGUGCAAGCAAGGGGCUUUCCCAAUGGGUUGAUCCACAGUUCAGUCAGGACCUAGGCUCUUUAAAAGUCCGGAUGCAUGAUAAGCAGAUAUUUAUCCUUGGGCAAAAGAGCAACACCACAAUUGUUCGUGUUUACAAGCUUCCGCAAUAUGUCCUAGGUUGGGAUUCUGCCACGACCCUCAACGACGCUACUUCUCUGGUGGAUCUUGGUUCCGUUGUAUCAGAGUAUUCAUAUUCCCUCCCAAAGGGUAUGAUCAGCAUGACAGAUGAGCUGCACGUCCCUCGUCAAUUCAGGUUGACGAUUCCUAUUGUUAUGUUUGACAUUGCCGGAGCUGUUAUACGGGGUACCAGAGAACAGUCAUCAGGAUGUGCGAUCAGCUUCCCUUACGGUCGCCACGGCUCCAAUGAAGAGGUGACUUGUACCCUCCUUCCCUGCCCGGACGCUACGUCACAGCAACUUGGUCAGAUCGGGGCCACUGGUCACAGGAUGGUAUGGCUAGAGCACGACCUGGAAACAGGUCGCAAUCGCGUUAUGAAGUUCUCAAUGGCCACGGAGCGACGGAAGUCCAUUCAUGGAGUGUUGCUGCCUACGCAGCCACACUUGCCUUUUGCUCUUGACGCGUGCAAUGCUCUGGCUUUUGACGAAGUUUCCGGUCGGCUCUGUCUCGCGUUCUAUGACGGGAGCCUACACGUUCUUGACUUUGUGUAGUAGCUGUUCUUAAUACCAUUCUCGCGUCGUAAUGGCAUGACGCAUCGGCAAACACUUUCGAUCGCGUUUGAAUCACGUGCUAAAUAUAUAUUCUGGAGGGUAAUUAGUGUUGUCUUUCAUCUUGUACUUAGGAUAUCGUAUAAUGGUCUACGUGUUCAAAAUUACACCUUGAGGUACCAGAUGAAAUAAUAUGCAUUGUACGAGUCACACCAAA